AUGGGGACAGCAUCACCGCUCAGAGUUUCUGAUGAAGUUCGUUUAACUCGGGCUGGACACCUGAAGGAAGGUGCGGAUGUCCAAGUGAUGCAGCACAUCGAAUCCUCGCGGAGGGGAAUGUCAGUGCUUUUGCUGGAGUGCAGUCAUUUGACUGCAAAAUUACCUCUUAUAAACCAAAAUACUUCAAAGCAGUGGGAACUGGCACCACCUCUGCAGACCCUUGUUGAAUUGAUGAGUGCCAGCGUGCAGGAUCCUCAGCAUGAGAAGAUAAUUACUGUGACUACUAAUGGAAGUAUUCACAGCCCCAAGUUUCCACACACAUACCCGCGCAAUACUGUACUAGUGUGGAGAUUAGUAGCAGUAGAUGAAAAUGUAUGGAUACAGCUUACUUUUGAUGAAAGAUUUGGGCUUGAGGACCCAGAAGAUGACAUUUGCAAGUAUGACUUUGUAGAAGUUGAAGAGCCUAGCGAUGGCACUGUUUUAGGGCGCUGGUGUGGUUCCAGUAGUGUGCCAAGCAGACAAAUCUCCAAAGGAAACCAGAUCAGAAUACGAUUUGUGUCUGAUGAAUAUUUUCCUUCUGAACCUGGAUUCUGCAUCCAUUACACGCUUCUUAUGCCACACCACACAGAAGCACCUAGCCCAUCAUUGCUACCCCCGUCAGCUUUACCGUUAGAAGUAUUAAAUAAUGCCGUUGCUGGAUUUAGUACUGUGGAAGAACUUAUCCGGUACCUUGAACCAGAUCGGUGGCAACUGGAUUUGGAAGAUCUGUACAGGCCAACGUGGCAACUUCUUGGAAAGGCAUAUAUUCAUGGGAGGAAGUCAAGAGUGGUCGAUCUCAACCUCCUAAAGGAGGAGGUGCGGUUGUACAGUUGCACUCCUCGCAACUUCUCAGUGUCACUGAGGGAGGAGCUGAAGCGAACUGACACCAUCUUCUGGCCAUUGUGUCUUCUGGUUAAACGUUGUGGUGGAAACUGUGCCUGUUGUCAUCAGAGUUGCAAUGAGUGCCAAUGUGUACCAACAAAAGUCACCAAAAAAUACCAUGAGGUUCUUCAGUUGAAGCCAAGGAUUGGCGUCCGGGGAUUGCAUAAAUCAUUGACAGAUAUACCCUUGGAACACCAUGAAGAGUGUGACUGUGUGUGCAAAGGGAAUACUGAAGGAUAAACAUGAUUUAGUUGUGCUGUUUUCUUUCAAAGCACAUUCAAUCAAUGGCUGAUUCUAUUAUGGGGCUUGUGCAUUAUCUCCUUCUGUAAUCUCAGUUGUUUGCUUUGGGGAACUUCCAUCUUCAAGAUUUACAGUGAGCUCUAAAAAGAGGAGAAGCCAAACUGGGAUUAUAUGUUGUGUCACAGCUCUGUCUGGAGGCCCAGUGAAAGGAUGGGAGAGAGGCAUCAAUGAGGGAUUUAAAAUAUAUGUAUUGUUUUUGUCCCCCACAAUUUUCUUGACAACAUGGAUUUAUAAUUUAGGAGUAAAAGUAAAGUUAGAAGGCUCACAUCAUGGAGACUUGAUCCUGCUGGCUGUCUCAUUUCUACAACUCCAGUACAUCUGGCCUCUGGUUGAAAACACCUGAAAUCUUUCCUUCUGUGUUCAGCUACUCCUAUGUACUCUAAAUUGAAGCGUUCUCUGUUGUAUAAACUUGGGUUAAAACAGACUGUCUUGAUCUGAAUUAAACUUAUUUUGUCUA